AUAUUUUUGACAGUUAAUUUGGUCGCCAUCAUCGCAUACGACAGAAGAGAAUACAUUUUGUGUGUUAGUUUGUGGGGUAUCUAAGAGCUGAAAGCCGCAACACACACAAUUUUUUUUCUCGCGUAAAAGAAAACCUUACUUCGAAUUGAAUAUGAUUUUACAUUGGACGGACUAAAAUCGAUUGGAACUUUUUUGAAUUAAUUUGCUCUUUUGCAUAAAUCUCCAUAUAUUGGAAAGGAUCUCUUUGAUUUAAUGCUCAAUUGGUUUUCAUUUUAAUUUUCAUCGUACAAGUGUAUAUGAAGUAAUUACACAAACAAUUUUUCGUUGCAUACCACCAUUGCGCUGCGAACCACUAAACUCUAAAUUAGCAUUUUCGACCAAAUAGUAAACCGAUAACAAAAUAAACAACAACACUUGGAGAAAGCGAGAGAGGAAAAAACGAGAGGGACAGAGAGAAGAAAACACGUUCAAACACCGAAAAAUCGAUGUGUUAGAGCGUGUAAAAACGUGCAUUUGCAAAUAAAUCGCAUUUUGGUUUCUGUUUUUUUUUUUUCAUUCGGUGCAUAGAGAAUAGUUUUAAUAUAUUUGACGACAGUUUUGAAUUUGGUCGAAGAAUUUCGUGCUUCUUCUUUUCGAAUUGCCAGUGUCUUGCUAUCUCUCAUUCGUGCGCACCUAACGUCAAUCGCAAAGUGUUUUCUUUAUAUGAAAUUUCCUGUGUGUACUCAUUAAGUAAUAUACAAAUAAAAAAAAAAACAAACGUUUAAAAAAAUAUUAUCAUCGAUACCAUGGAAACAAAUAGCAAUGAAGGCACUGCAACGAUUGAUUCAUCCAUAAAUAUGGACGCAUCGGAGAAAAUGAUGAAUACAGACGAUGAAUUUUUUGAUGAUUCGGCUCAAAAUUCCGCCGAUUUUGACAAUGCUGACAAUGACGACGGUUUCGAGCAACGUUUUCAGGCGGCUAAUCGUGGUGGAUUCAGAGGGCGAUGGAAUGCCGGCGCAACGUCACCACGGUUCAGAGGUCGUGGCGGUUUUGGGCCAAAUCAAAUGGGACAACAGAUUCGAGGCCGAGGAGGACCACAGUACUUCCGAGGUGGUCGUGGUGGUGCUCGAUUUCCGAAUUCCGGCAAUUUCGAUCCAAAUUGGAAUGGACCGCCGAUGUAUGGCAAUUCCCAUAUGGGGUUUGGCAAUCAACAAGGCAAUCAACAAGGCGAUCAACAAAAUGCCCCAUUUCAUCAGCGAAAUAAUUUCAAUCAAGUCGAACUGUGGGUCGAAACCAAAACCGAUGAAGGAAAAUCAUACUAUUACAAUGCAAUUACACGUGAAACGACAUGGACUCGUCCUGAAGGCCAUUCCGUCAAGAUUAUGGGCCAAAAUGAGGUAGAAGCUAUGCAAGCAGCCAAAAUACAGCAGCAGCAGCAACAACAACCAGAUCAACAACAGCCAGACUCUCAAUUGACUCAAACGACGCUGCAAGAAAAUACACCUGGAACGGGUGGAAAUCAAGCGAAUGCCGACAGUUCGGAGUCAGAGACUGUUCAAUUGAAUGGCGAUAAUAAAAGUGAGUCAAAUGGGCAGGCGAAUAUGGAUGCAUCUUCGGGAUCAACACCAAAUGAAUCAACGAAAGGUGAUCAGCCCAGUCCAAAUCUGAAUUCCACAACAACAACACAGCCACCACCACAACAAACCCCUGCUGUUCAACCGUUAAUGAAUAUGCCAAUGCAGAACCAAGCACCGCCACCGAUGCAACAGUUCAACACACCACCACCGUUCACCGGUUUUGGAAUGCCGCCGCCAAAUUACAUGUAUCCACCGAAUCCAUGGAAUCCAAUGCCUUGGCAACAGCCGAUACCACAAAUCGGAAACGAUAAAUCGCGAAUGGUCGAUCCGCAGAUUUUAGCACGAGCCGCGGAAUGGAGUGAACAUCGAGCUCCAGAUGGUCGCCCAUAUUACUAUCAUGCAAUUCGUGGCGAGAGUGUGUGGGAAAAACCACAACCUUUAAAAGAUUUGGAAGCCGCUCGAAUGUCAGGGCAUCCACAACCAUUCCCACCGAUGGGAGCACCUGGAAUGAUGCCACCAGGCAUGGGCAAUCCAGCGAUGCACGCACAACCAAUCGUCUCGAAUGUUCCAUUUGAUGCAAUGAACUUUAAGCCGGACAAAAAGCCGGAAGAAAGCGAAGAAGCGAAACUGGAAAAGAAGAAAAAGGAAGAAGCAACGAAAAAGAAGAAAGAAGAAGAGGAAAAGGCGAAACAAGCGCCGGCAAAACCACAAGAUAAAAGUCGUCCCAUAUCAUCGACGCCAAUUGCUGGCACACCCUGGUGUGUCGUGUGGACAGGCGACGGUCGUGUAUUCUUCUAUAAUCCCUCGACGCGAACAUCAGUUUGGGAGCGGCCAGAAGAUCUCGUUGGUAGAGCUGAUGUGGAUAAAGCCGUUUCAGCGACACCAUCUGCAACACCUGAUGCAACGACAACGGAAGACUCAACCGCAGCCACCAAACGAUCUGAAUCCGAAUCGAGUGGUGAGAAUGAGGUGCCGAACAAGAAGCCCAAAUUAGUGGAAACAACAACGUCCGCCGAAAGUACAAAUGCACCCGCCACAGCGACAACAACGCCUGCAACGAAUGCCACAAAACCGAUUGGCGACAAAAAAAAUGACAUUGGCAAAGAGGCGGCAAUCGAAGCCGAAGUGCGGGCAGCCAGAGAACGAGCCCUUGUUCCGCUUGAAACUCGUGUAAAACAAUUCAAAGAUAUGUUGAAAGAGAAAGAUGUAUCCGCCUUCAGUACGUGGGAGAAAGAAUUGCAUAAAAUCGUAUUUGAUCCACGGUAUCUGUUGCUAACGUCACGUGAACGAAAACAAGUCUUCGAAAAGUAUGUGAAAGAACGGGCCGAAGAGGAGCGACGCGAAAAGAGAAAUAAGAUGCGACAGAAACGUGACGAUUUCCGUAGCUUAAUGGAAGCCGCCAAUCUACAUGGAAAAUCAUCAUUUUCUGAUUUUGCCCAAAAGUAUGGCAAAGAUGAAAAAUUCAAAGGCAUCGAAAAGAUGCGCGAACGCGAAUCAUUGUUCAAUGAGUAUAUUGUAGAGAUGCGUCGUCGCGAGAAGGACGAAAAGAUCCAGAAGAAAGAAACGAUUCGUAAGGAUUUUCUAGCAUUGUUGCGGGAAUGCAGCGAGAUUACUCGUCACAGCCGUUGGGCCGAUGUUAAGAAAGUCAUCGAUGGUGACAAACGAUAUCGAGCGGUGGAGAGUUCAAUGCUGCGCGAAGACUAUUUCCAUGACUAUUGCAAAAUUUUGAAGGAAGAGAAACGCAAGCAAAAGGAUAAGGAACGCGAUCGCAAGGAGAAAAAGGACAAAGACAAGGACAAGGAGAGGGAAAAGGAGAAGGACAAAGACAAGCAUCGCGAUAAGGAUCGACGCGAAAAAGGUAAAGAUGGUAAGAGUAAGGAAAAACAAAAUACCAGCAAAGAUGAGGAUAAAUCCAGUCGCAACGAGUCUGAUAAAGACGAUCAGGUAAGGAUGAAUCGAAUGCAAUCAAUGUUCCAUUCAGAAUUUGAUUUAAUCGAUUUCGUAUUUAAUGUCGCUUCACAGGAGGAUGGUGAGCAUCAAUCGUCAUCGUCAGAAGAUGAAUCGGACAAGCAUCAGAAGGAGUGUGAUCGUCAGAUGCGUGCAAUUGUGGAGCGUGAGAAGGAAGUGCAACAGCAGCUGGCUGGUCAUUUGCGUAAUCUACACAAAGAACGUGAACAUCACAAACGUGACGAGGCGAUACGGCAUUUCAACGCAUUGCUUGCCGAUUUGGUGCGUAAUCCUGAUCUCACAUGGAAAGAGGUAAAAAAAAUAUUGCGUAAAGAUAGUCGUUGGGAAUCCGUUGAGCUACUGGAUCGAGAGAAUCGUGAGCGUAUUUUCAACGAUCACAUCUUGCAAUUGGGUAAAAAGAAACGUGACAAAUUCCGUGAAAUGCUUGACGAACUCACACUCGAACUGACCGCAUCGUGGAAGGAUGUUAAAAAGCAAAUACGCGAUGAUCCACGCUACUUGAAAUACAAUAGCAGCGAAAAAUGCGAACGUGAAUUUAGAGAGUAUAUACGCGAUAAGACCACCGAAGCCAAAGUCGCAUUCAAAGAACUGCUACAGGAAUGCAAACUUAUUACGUACAAAAGUUUCGAAACAGUCAAAGAGAAUCCGCUACAUUUGAAGGAAAUUGAGGAUAUUUUGAAAAAUGAUAAAAGAUUCCUCAUAUUGGAUCACAUACAGUACGACCGUUCGCAUAUUUUGAUGAAUUACUUGGAAGAGCUACACAAACGAGGACCGCCACCGCCCCCCACAGCCAGCGAUUCAUCCAGACGAAAAUAAUCGUAUGAAUAAAGAUUUUUCUUCUUUUAUAAUAUUUUUUUUUUUAAAUCUAUUUUUAACUUUUAAUUUCCAACUUUUUUUCCGUUGAAUUUACACUUGAGUCUUUGUAUUUAGAAAGAGAUUUUUUUUUCCGCAUAGUUGAUUAACAGACACAUAACUAUAUCAACGCAAUUGAAACAAAUAAAAGAAUUUAAAAACAAAAACAACAACAACCAUAACAAACAAUUAAACAAAUGAAAUCAUUGA